AUGAGGCACGGCAACAACAAGGAAGAACAGUUCCCGGGGUUCGAGUCGAUGAACUGGAACCCACCCAGGCUAGGAACUCCCCUGAUAAAGGUCCUGCUCGUAGCGAUGGCCACUGCCGUGUCCGUCGCCGGACAGAGCAGUGGCUUCAGCGGCUACAGCUACCCCAAACCGACCACUAAGGCCCCGUUCGAAGGAUACAGCUACCCGAAGCCCACCAAGCCGUUCACCGAGGGUUACACCUACACGAAGCCAAAGUGUCCUUUAGUCCUGCCAAGCACUGUCACCGACACGCAGACCAUUGUAACGACCACGCUGGUAACGGAAACGCUUCCCCCGCUCACCAGUACCCAGUUCGAGACGGCCUUCGUCACGCUGCCCCCGGUCGUCCAAACGGAAACCGAAACUCGGACUGUCUUCGUUACCCACACCUCAACCGAUUUGAUCGUAUCGACUCAUACGGAAAUCAUCCCGACGACAGUCACCUCACUGCUCACCACAACCCACUGUCAGCCGAACUCAUAUCUACCGCCACCGCCUCCAGCACCACCCGUUAACACGUACCUUCCGGCCGUGGAUCCGCCGGCCAAAGAGUAUUUGCCGCAGCCGACCGCGGGCCAGCAGCCCAUCAAGCGAGCCACCGGCGAGCGGACGGAGCUGAACGAGAUCGGCGGUGGAGCGGACGGAUCAACGGCCGACCAGCAGUCCCAGCCGGCCAUCAACAUCAUCUACGUCGACCGCAGCCCGCAGCGGGACGGAAACGUGCCGGCAGACGUGCCGCCGGCCGAUCUGAUGAACUGGCUGCUGUGCAAGUUUAACCUCACCAGCGGCUCCUGUAACUGA